CUCAAACCACACAGACACACAGAGAGAGAGAGAGAGAGAGAGAGAGAGAGAGAUGGAGAGGACGCUUCAAUGGAGGUUCAUGCCCCUUCUCGCUCUCAUCGCCUCUUUUCUCUGCGUCUUCUUCUCUCCGCGUUCUUACCAGGCGACGUUGGAGAGCGGGUGCAGUCUUCUUCCCCACGACCAUUACUGGAUCUCCAGCAAACGCAUCGUCACACCAGAUGGUCUCAUCUCUGGUGCUGUGGAGGUGAGAGGAGGGAUAAUUUCGUCGGUGGUGAAGGAAGAGGACUGGGGGAGGAGGAGGAGGAGCCGGGUCAAAGUGAUUGACUAUGGAGAAGCUGUCCUCAUGCCUGGUCUCAUUGACGUGCAUGCUCAUCUCGACGAUCCCGGAAAAUCCGAAUGGGAAGGAUUCCCCACCGGAACAAGGGCUGCUGCUGCUGGCGGUGUCACGACAUUGAUCGACAUGCCCUUGAACAGCGUCCCGUCAACUGUAUCUCCUGAAACUCUGAAACUCAAGAUUGAAGCUGCAAAAAAGAGAAUACAUGUGGACGUUGGUUUCUGGGGAGGUUUGGUCCCUGACAAUGCUCUUAAUUCAACUGCUCUUGAAGCUCUCUUAGAUGCCGGAGUUCUUGGUCUGAAGUCCUUUAUGUGUCCUUCAGGAAUCAAUGAUUUCCCAAUGACAAACAUCAGUCAUAUAGAGAAAGGAGUUUCUGUAUUGGCAAAAUACCGACGCCCACUUCUCGUACAUGCAGAGAUCCAACAAGAAUCUCUUAUCGAGGAAGAUGGUUCAGACAGUGACCCUCGUUCUUAUCUGACUUACCUUAAAACGAGGCCGAGUUCAUGGGAAGAGGCAGCGAUCAGAGAUCUUUUAACUGUUACAGAGAAUACGAGGAUUGGUGGUUCUGCUGAAGGUGGUCAUGUUCAUAUUGUACAUUUGUCCGACGCGGAUUCUUCCUUGGCUUUGUUAAAGGAAGCAAAAGGCAGAGGGGACAGCCUAAGCUUUGAGACAUGUCCACAUUAUCUAGCUUUCGCAUCUGAAGAGAUUCCAGAGGGAGAUACACGUUUCAAAUGCGCCCCUCCGAUACGUGAUGCAGCCAACCGGGAGAAGUUAUGGGAAGCUCUUCUGGAAGGAGAUAUCGAUAUGUUGAGCUCUGAUCAUUCUCCUACCAAACCCGAACUUAAACUCCUCAGCGAUGGUAACUUCUUGAAAGCAUGGGGAGGCAUUUCAUCAUUACAGUUUGUUCUUCCUGUGACGUGGUCUUACGGAAGGAGGCAUGGAGUCACUUUCGAGCAGUUAGCCUCUUGGUGGAGCGAGAAGCCAUCCAAACUCGCCAGAUUACCUUAUAAGGGAGCGAUCUCGGUUGGGAGACACGCAGAUAUUGUUGUGUGGGAACCAGAAGUCGAGUUUGAUCUCGACAACGAUCAUCCUGUCCACUUUAAGCAUCCUAGCAUCUCAGCUUACAUGGGAAGAAGGCUGUCUGGCAAAGUGUUGUCCACUUUUGUGAGAGGAAACCUCGUCUAUGGAGAAGGCAAGCAUGCAUCUGAUGCUUGUGGUGCUCUGAUAUUCGCCAAGUGAAGUCGAAGAAACUGCAAAUAGUCUUUGCCCCUUAGUUUCAAUUGUAAAUAACAAUCAGGCCAGUCAUCGUUGGCAUCUGCACAAAGACGAACGAUAUUUAUCCAGUUAGCAAACCUUGUUUUGUAGUUUGUACAUUCAUCAAUCUUAAGGACAAAACCCAGUUGCAGUAAUGGUGUUCUUGUUUAAGAAUGACAAGCUUCUGUUGUUAUUUGUUA